AUGCCCGCGCAGGAAGCCAAGCUGCUGGGCGACUUCCUCCUUGCUCCCGCACCACUACGCGAUUUCAUGACACUGCGCCAGUUCACCGACAUCUUCCCCAGAAGCCAUCGUGAGAACCCAGCCGUCCAAGACCUGUACAGAGAGCUCCACCGUCUGCGCGAAGCCGAGAUUGAAGCUGUACGCGUGGACAUCACCAAGGAGGUGAAACGGUCGAAGCAGUUGAGACGAGCUUAUGCACGAGAGAGACGGCAGCUGGAUGAUGCGCACGUCCCAGGCAUGGAUCCAGUCGCUCUCCAGACGGAAGAAGAGCUCUCCGGUCUAGGUCGCCAGUCACCGCAUACGCUACAGACUGUUCACUCCAGCAUCGAACACGCAUGCCAGAGCCUCGAAGCACAGAUCGCAGAGAUGGAAGAGGAGAGCCGGCGAACCCUAGCCGAAGUCCAAGAAGCUGUUGGUGCUCUUAGUGACUUGCGUCACGGCCGAUUCGCGCCGUCAGCCAGUGGUGAAGAGAUCGGAGCAGAGGUGCUAUCCACGCUACAAAGGCUGGAAGCUGUAUGCGCAAAUCCUGCAGGCUGA